AUGCCUGGCUUUACCGACCUCCCUCCAGAGCUCCGCGUUUUAAUAUGGAAAUGUUGUCUUCCGGGCCCCCGGAAUGUCUCGGUGGGGAUACAACGACAUACACGAGCACCAGUCAUCCUCCAGAUCUGUCGAGAGUCGCGAGCCGAGGCGCAAAGGAUCCGGCCCCUUGAGCUCGCAUUUCCGGUCCCCGAUACUAAGGGCAAGGUCCACAGCAAGCGUGUCUGGUUCAACUUCUCGGAGGAUCGACUCUGCGUCGAUAAUUUCUUGUUGUGGCUUGUCAUCUGUCCUGAAAUCUCUCGACCUUUACGUUCCCUUGGCUUAAAGUUUAUCCCACCAUUGUUCAGUUGGGAGAUCCUGAAUUAUGUCAGAAACUGGGAAAAGGCCAUCACUGGACUGGAAGACGUGGUGCUCGUAGAGGAAGACACGUCUGACACGGGACAGACGCCGGUUAUAGGCACAGCAUCGUCAAUGGUGGAUAUAUAUCGAACGUUUCCCCAAAUUAAACCUUACUGGACAAUACCCAUGAGGGUUCACCGGCGACACGAAGAGCACCCGUUCGACGAUCCCAAGUAUGCCCCCGCAGCAGAUGAAUUCCACCAUUACGUAUUCCGCUGUGCCAUAACCAGCCAACUUGAGGUCCAGGUGCUAUCUAGGAGCCGACUUCGCCAAUUCAGGAAGGUCGCCGGAGGCACGGAGAACGAGUUAGCAAUGGGCUAUCAAGGUUGCCCAGAACAUCCUUGGGCGCCAGAUCCAGAGAUACAUCGAUGUCUCCGACACAUUCCGUAG